ACAAGUUGGCGCAGACACUCACGCCGUUCGCGAACGGCCAAGGAGCCCUUGCUCAUCGCCACUUCCUCCUUCGCCUCCGACCGCCACACCAGCCUCUGCUGCCCAUGUUCUGACCUCCAGACGCGUCCUGUCUCGCCCAGCUGCGCACGUUUCAGCUCACGCAGACGGCACACCAUCUGCUUGCAAAUACUUUCCAUCACUGAUCUGGGCCUAAUAUCAGAGCUCGUGUUGCUAGUUUCUCUCCUUCCCUCAAGACGCUCUUUCCCUCAUUUCCGUCAUGUCUACCCUCUCAGGCUCUUCGCAGAGCAAGUCAUGGUGGUCUCGGUCCAAGUCUUCCCGAGAUGUUCCCUCGACGCGUUUAAACUCUUCUGGACUCUCGGAUUUGAAGCCCUUGCACACCAUCAAACAUUCCAAGUCCAAGGACAGCAUGACGACCUCCAAGCUGAACAAUAUUGUCGGCCAUGCUUUUGGGAAACGGUCGAAAAAACCGACACUCACGAUACAGGACCCUCCACCGUCCAUGCUCUCCCCUGUGAGCCCCACGUCGAGCUACAGUCGUUCUGCCCCGAACACAGCAGCGAUCUCGCCCGCGUACUCGCCCCAGCCGUUCUUUUCCAACCGUCCACCUUCAAAGUCUGUUUCUUCCACAGUCCGCUCUUACGAAUUCGAUGACCGUUCCGACCCACAUACUAUCUCGGAGCCUCGCACGCCCUCCGACCGUCCCGACCGCCGGUCGUACCAGAAUUCGGUGUUCACGCUCUCAGACCCUGACCCAUUCGCAGCAGGAUCUGUCAUUGUGCCCCGCUUCACCCAAGAUCCGAACAGGCUGUCUGUAUACUCGGAUUCUUCAAUGCUUGACCCCUACCAGGUUGCACGCGUCAAGCGCUUUGACACGGUCCACAGCAGCCGUCUGUCGUAUGGCUCGUCCUCGUCCAACUCACAUUCUAGUCCACACGAUCCAUGUUCGCCUUUAAGUUCGGCGAGUGCAGACGUGCCGAGGUAAGCAGUUCGCUAAGAAC